AUGGUGGAAGUAACGACGACAUUUAUUGCAAAAGGUUGCGAGAAAAGACCGAAUAUACUUUGUUGGUCACAUCGUAUAAAUAUUAUUGCGUUUUCAUCUCGAAACGAUAUUUGCUUGGCAUUUCCCAAAACAGAUUUUUGCGGAACAUUUGCUGACAUCCCGCUAAACAGUUUGGGAAGUUGGUGCUGGUGUAGAUCAUCCACCAAUCAUCAGCUUAAUGAGCCCGUUAUAGGUCACAUAUUUGGUCUUGAUGGCAAGCUCGGCGCGAAAAUCACGAACACCGCUUCAGAACAUUCCGGUGUGGUUGUGUCGUUAAAGUUUUCUUCAUCAUAUAAGUAUCUUAACUACGGUAAAGAUAAUUUGGACUAUUUGAUUUCUGGUUGUAACAAAGGUAAAAUUGUUCUUUGGACUAUUCAUAAGAAUUCCGAUAUUAGGCGAUGCACCAUUCACCCUUUGGUAAUUUGGGAAUCGGGACCCUCUAGUGUCGUCGAUUGUGCUUUAUUUAACUAUUCUAGAGAAAAUGGCUUUUUGUCUUCAAUUAUGGUUUAUUCGUUGACUAAUAAUUCACUAAACAUAACCUGGGCAUAUAUUCGUAAUUGUGAAUUGGCUAAUAGCUGCACUUCUGAUGAUCAGAAACAGUCUCUAAAAUCUUUUCCAGAUUUUAUUCUGUUGGCGGCAUCACUGACCGACUGUUCAGUAGAAUUAUUUACUGGAUUUAUAUCAGAAAAGACUUUUCAACUGGCUCUGAAAAUUGUUGGACAUACGGAUUGGGUUACCACAAUGGAUAUUAAAGUUGUUGAAAACAAUUGUGCAUUAUUGGUUACUGCCGGUAUAGAUAAAUCGAUUCGUAUCUGGAAUAUUUCAUUAUCAAGUAAAGACAGUAUCAAACCAAAUGGUAACAUCCAUGUUUCCAAUCAAAAAUCCACUUACGAAACUCGCAUUGUUACUAAUGAAAAAAAUGAUCAACGAAAUGGUCAAAUGAUACUUAAAGUUCAAAUCGAGGCAAUUUUAAGAGGCCAUGAAUGCAUGAUCCAUUCCAUUGCUUGGCAUCCAAUAAAAAAUCAACUAUUAAGUGUGUCUGAAGAUAAAUGUUUGGUUAUUUGGGAGCCUGUAGAAGUUGGAAACAAAAACAAUUCUGAUUUAUUAGAUUCUGGCAUUUGGCUGGAGAAGGUGCGUGCAGGCGAAGUUGGAGGACAAGAUAGUAAUUAUUGGGGUGGUUGCUUUUCUCCCGAUGGCAAAGUUAUUAUCGUAUACACUUAUUUUGGAGGACUACAGAUGUGGCGAGUACAUGUUUUAUUGAAGGAAAAUGAGGAAAACGUUCAUUUGGUGCAAGAAUCGUGUUUUGGUGGGCAUUCGGAUGAAGUCAGCGAUCUAUCUUGGGAUCCAUCCGGAAAUUACCUCUUAUCUUGCUCCUCUGAUCAGACUACCCGUUGUUUUGCCCCUUAUCCUGCGCAGGCCAUAUUUAUCGAAAUUGCUCGGCCUCAGGUUCACGGAUAUGAUCUGAAUUGCAUCACUUCUAUUUCUGCUUCAUGCUUUAUAUCUGGAGCUGAUGAAAAAAUUCUUCGUGUAUUUCGUGCUCCAAUAACAUUUGCUCAAAGCAUUAUUAAUCUGUGUGGUUAUAAUUUCGACGAGGCAUUUGGCAGUCAGGCUAAUUUAGCUGGUCAAGGAGCCUCUCAACCUGCUCUAGGCUUAUCCAAUAAGCAAAUCGAAGAAUCUGGAUCUAAUUCAAUGCCAGAUUUUGGCAUUGAAUCAAAAGUGAAUGCUAUUAUCUCAAAACCAACAGAACUUCAUGGUGCACCUACAGAAAGCUUUCUUAUGCAGAACACUUUAUGGCCAGAAAUACACAAAUUUUAUGGCCACUGCUUUGAAGUGUUCGCAGUUACAUCUAAUCAUGCUGGAACCUUGAUAGCCAGUGCCUCAAAAGCAAGCCGAUUAGAACAUGCUGCAAUAAUUUUGUGGGAUACGAAGGAAUGGAAGCCCGUUACGACACUAUAUAGCCAUCAUUUAACAGUUGCACAACUGGCUUUUUCGCCAAAUGAUAAUUUAUUACUUUCUGUUUCUCGAGACCGGACAUUUACUGUUUUUAUUUGUAAUGACAAGGACUCAUGUUCCUGGAAAGCUAUAUCUAAUACUUCGAAAGUGCAUUCAAGGAUAGUUUGGAGUUGUUCGUGGAGCAAUGAUAAUCGUUACUUUGCCACUGGUUCUAGGGAUCAAAAGUUAAUAUUAUGGACAUUGACUGAAUAUCUUUCGAUAAAAUUGGUAGUAGAAUAUAAAUGUUCUUCUGCUGUAACGGCUAUCGACUUUUGCCCAAUAAAUUUAGAGAGAGGCCAUAUCUUAGCAGCUGGUUUCGAAUCUGGUGAAAUUGAAAUACUGGAAUGGAACAAAAUUCAUCAGAAAUUCGUUAAGUUAAAAUCUUUGAAUCAAUACGAAGCGCAUUCCAAGACUGUUAGAAGAUUAAGAUUUCGUCCUCAUGCUGGCUUAUGGAAUCCUAAUGAGAAGUCGGAUGAUCUAUGUUAUGAAUUAGCCUCAGCGAGUGAUGAUAAUGCUGUUAAAGUCCACCAAGUACUUAUAAAGUGA